AUGCGUUGCCACUACAUCGUCAUUCUUCUACUGAUUGCACUCAUUUGUUUUGGAGCAGGAGGCGCAGAUCCCAGUGGAGUGAAGAAUGGAUCAAAAUCCAAUCUUGAAGAAGUCUACGGAAAGUUUGCCACAAUCACCCGCAUCACAAAUGCAAUCACCCUUCAAGCCGAAGGACUCCGAAAAAAUGUGAAGGUUCGAGACGUGAUUGUUGAGCUACUCAAAGCCGAUCAAACAGUUUUCUCGACACUGAUAGAUUAUAAACCGGAGAGCUUGAAGACUGCUCUGACAGGAUUGAUUGAUAAAUUGAAAGUGUUACGUUCAAAAGUUCGUUGGGAUGAUUGGGAUGGUUUGGAGAAAACGAAAGGAUGGCUCGAAGAGUUUGACAAGGGAUUCCAGAAGUUUAAAAAUCAUACAAAAUUUGAAGAAAAGGAGAUGACAUCUUUUGCUGAAUUAGUUUAUGAUGACACCGCCACAAUUCAAUUCGAGACGUGGAUCACUUUCUUCUCCAGUUUUAGAAACACCUGGCUAAAACUAUCAAGUAAGACCAAAGCCGAAGCAGAAAGUGCACUGGACGUACUCAAAAGAAACUGUUCACAAUUCAUUCAAGAACUGUCACAGUUUCAACCAACAAUUACCUGGAUCAAUUUCACAGUCAUCUUCUUUGAACUUGAUGAUUCGCUAUUUACAUACAAUAUGGCAAAGGAACCGUUUGGAAAAUCCCAUAGCAAAUCGUUGGAUGUGGUGGAGAAGAUAUUCAAAGAAACUGAUGGAAUUUGGGUCGAUCCGAAACGAAAAACUGGAAAAGUAGGGGAACCAUUUAAAUUUGCUGUUUCGAAGCUGAAGGAAAUGCUGAAGGUGACGAAGAGACCUGAGGUCAAACUGACUAUUGGGUUCCCGGAGAGCAGAGAUAUCGCAAAAGUGUCGGAUGACUUGAAGAGUGAGUGGUUCCUGCAGAAAGUGAUCGGAGGGAAAAGUGUCGAGCACCUAAGAAAAGAGCUCGCUGGAUUCUUUAAGUUUGGAGAACUGAUAAAGACUGUCGAGGAUAGUUGGGAGGCAUUUGCAACUGAAUUCAACCUGAAUGAGGGAGUGGCGGAUAAGAUGUCUAAGGAGAUGGAUGCUAUCGAGGCAUUCGAGGGUGGACCGGAUGGAGAAAGACUGCUGAAAAAUGGCAAAAGUAGUUUCCAAGCGUAUUCUCGGGAUGCUAUGAACGCAGCCGAAUGGAAACCGUACGAAAUGGUUUUUGAGAAGGCGAGAGACCUGAAUCAGAAACUGGAACAGAUUCGAGGAGCUCUUUUGGAAAUUCUAAAGACAAAUAAGUACAAAAAUCUCCAAGAAGAAUUGGAAAAUCUGCAAAAGGACUCGACUACUCUUGUCGAUAUCGGGAACGACAACAAAUUUCAAGGACUGAAACAGACGUUGGGACAACUAAACGGUCUGAUGAUUUCUUUGAAUGAAUACAUUGAGCUACGGAAGACGUUUCUUGGACUAUACCCAACGGCAGAAGAUGUUGAGAAAAAACUGAAGACAGUGGCAAGAACACUCGGAGAUUUCGAAACGGGUUAUACCAAUUUGACGACAGAUGGUUUCGAUGCGAAAAAGUUGCUUCAGAUGAUCACGUUUUUGAAGAAUGUUCGCUUACUUUCCGGGGAACACGGAGAUCCAGUUAUGAGUGUGCUUGAGAAGUUUUCAAAGUUGAGAGAGGACGUUUUUAAGGCUGAAUCCUUCGUGAAAAACGUCAAAUCCAAAUACAAGGAGAAUCACAGCCCGGACAACCCGAUCCUAAAACUGAAACAUCCGGAAGAACUGUUGCUAAGUCUCGGAAGAGGAAUGUACGUGUUGAGGGAUAUGUCAAAAGCACUCGUUCUGAAAAACGACCUUAUCGCCUUCACACAGUUCCCUCAAAACUUUACAGAUAGAUACAAGAAUUUUGUGUCGGCUAAAUUCUUCAAUAAUAACAAGAAAAUUAUCUAUAAGUUGUUGGAAGAGCUCGAUGGGAUCGACAAGUUUUCGUCUGGUAUCAAAGAUAAAGGACUCAUGACAAUGCGCACAAUUUUCGAUGAGGCUGCAAAUCGGGUGGUCGGAUUUCCAGAAGCGUUUCCUCGGAUUGCUCAUGAGCUUCCCGUGACUCAAGCUGAGAAGGAGAUGGAAAUAGUCAAGAGAUUGGCAGAGUUGGACUUGGAUUUCGUGUCUCACAAAGGGUAUCUACAAGCCGCUUCGUUGAGUUUCGAAGAGCUCCGCAUGUAUUAUGAUGAGAUUUUUGGAUUGAAUAAGAAAAAAGAAGUCGAAGAGCAAAACUACUUGGUGCCGAUUCUCAUUUGCAUCACAAUCUUUCUUCUGCUCCUUAUCGGUUUCGUCGCGAUUUUCGGGUUGACUAAAACUGGACGGAAAUUCUUCAAAAACUGGUAUCUCUACUAUUUCGCAAAACCAGCAGACUUUGAGAAACGAUGGAGGUAUUCGGUGAGUUGGCAAUGUCUGAAAUUAAAUUUUUAUUUAUUUAUUCCAAACCAGUUCUUCAUGGAUCGUCAAGACAUGAAGAAUUCGUUGAUCGACGCAGUUCGAGAGAUCAACACGACGAAUGUUUUGAAGGCGGUGAAGAAUGGAGCAUACAUUAAUGUGUAUAAUGAUCACGGAAACACUCCUCUCCACUUGGCAACCAAACGCUGCUACCCUGAAAUCGUGGAGAUUCUUAUUAAGAAUGGAGCCGACCGUUCAGCCCUGAACUCCAUGAACAAGACACCCGAACAAAUGAUCCCAGCCAACUGGAGAACCUCUCACACUACUCAGACAGAACAUUUGGAACGAUUUGAGAAGAUUGAGAAAAUUUAUAAAAAGUAUCGGAAUAAGAAGUUCCGACUCCGUGUGCCCCAGGAAUUCCCAUCGAGUUCUUUCCAUAUUUUCAUCAAUGAAAAAGUGGAUGAUGAGCAGGCGGAGAAGUUUAUCAAGAAGUUUCAGGCUAUCACAACCAACGAUCCCAUUCCAACUACAACUCACUGCAUCGUGAAAACCGAUUCCAAUGGAAUUCUGGAAAUUGAUACAAUGGAUAUGGUGUGUUGGAUAAAUAGUGGAGUGAUAAUGGUCAAAGAAUCUUGGAUGACGGAUUGUCUGGAUAACGAGAAGCUUAUCGAGAGAGAUUGUGACUAUUUGGUAGAGAAGGUCAAGUACAAAGACGUCGUCUAUGAUACAGUAAUCCCGUGGGCACAGGCGAUGGCAAAAGGAGAAAUGCCCUAUUUGCAUGGAGUUUAUGUGUGUCUUUUUAUCGAAGAUUAUAAAUUUCUUGACGCCCUCACCACAAUGACUACCGCCCAUGGUGGAAUCUUCUGUAUGUCUGACAAGAUCCCCGACAAAUCAUUCCUCAAAGUUGGUGCCCAUCCGUACCUCCACGCUCACUUGGGACCUAUUUUCGUCCUCUACGACCAGACAACGGAUGUGGCGAAGUAUAGAAAUGAUCCGGAUAAGAUGUACACGUUGUUCACUGAAGAGGAAUUCGCUGCUUUCAUGUUGAAGAGAGGAAUCAAUGUGGACACUAGACCAGAUCCGAUCCCACUUGUCACAGAGACGGAGAACUGA